AUGACCGAAAUAUCCAACCAUCAGCGUGGGAAUAUCGUCUCUAUCAAUGCUCUAGGCAUUGGCAGACUUCAUGGUAAAAAUGCUAUAGUGACGGGCGCAGCAGGUGGCAUAGGGCUUGAAACAUGUAUCUUAUUUGCCAAGGAGGGUGCAAAUAUCUUAAUGGCUGAUAUUUCAGAGCCGAAUCUAAAAAAGGCGUAUUCAAAGAUCACAGAGUUGGUGCCUUCUGCUAUCCGAGUUGAGACAAAGAUUUGUGAUGUAUCCAAAGAGGCUAAUGUCAAGGCUAUUGUUGACCAUGUAGACUCAUGGGGCGGCGUUGAUAUUAUGUUUAAUAAUGCUGGGAUUAUGCACGCUGAUGAUAGCGACGCCAUUGAUACACCAGAGAAUAUUUGGGAUCUGACACAAGCUAUCAACGUCAAGGGUGUUUGGUUUGGUUCCAAACAUGCAAUUUUGUCUUUGCGAAAACAUAAGAAGUGCAAGGGCUCCAUUAUCAAUACUGCCUCCGUCGUGGCUCUUGUGGGCUCGGCAACGCCACAGCUUGCCUACACUGCAAGUAAAGGCGCAAUUUUAGCUAUGACUCGGGAACUGGCCAUAGUUCAUGCUCGCGAAGGUUUCCGAUUCAAUGCGCUGUGCCCAGCUCCUCUAAAUACUCCUCUAUUACAGGACUGGCUUGGAGACGAUCAGCAAAAGAGAAUGCGGCGAGAAAUUCACUUUCCUUCUGGUCGCUUUGGUGAAUCCAUCGAACAAGCAAAGGCUGUUUUAUUUUUAGCUAGUGAUGACUCCAGUUUUGUUAACGGACAGGAUUUCAUUGUCGAUGGUGGGAUGACUAAAGCAUAUGUUACCCCGGAAGGACCCCCGCUUGUAAGCCCGAAGAAUAAUGUUCUAGUUUCUGGGCCAAUUGACGUGAUCUCCAAAAAUUAG